UACUUUGCUACACCUGAACCUUGUUAGAAUCCAUAUGUUUCUCAGGGAACAACUGCUGACAUCUACACACUAGAACCGCCUGACUGCUGUUUUCUAUCAAUCUUGGGCGACUAAGGUCUGGCUUGAGUGUCUCUCUCUUUUUCUCCCUCUCUCGCUCUCUCACUCUCUGCUUUCUCCCUCCCUUACUCUUUCUCUCCAGAGUCCUCGGGCCGCACACAACUCUACCUGAAGUCGUGCACAGCGAGAGAAGCAGGAAGGUUUGAUUCGACUGAGUUGUGCAGACAUGUUUGCUCUUGGCUUCUUCCUGUUGGCUGGACUGCUAUGUCAGAGUUUGGGUCAAUACGAUUACUAUGACGAAUACUACAUUCCCUCCGCACCACUGGAGGGAGUAUCGUCUCCUACUUGUGCCCAGGAGUGUGAAUGUCCCCUCAACUUCCCCACAGCCAUGUACUGCAACGAGCGCAACUUGAAGUUCGUCCCUAUCGUGCCAACCGGCAUCAAAUACCUCUACCUACAGAACAACUUAAUUGAGGAGAUCAAGACUGGCGUAUUCGAUAACGCCACUGACCUUCGCUGGCUCGUCCUGGACAACAACAACAUCACCAGCGACAAGAUCCAGGCCGGUACCAUUGAUAAGCUGAGCAAACUGGAGAAGCUCCUCUUCAGUAAUAACAAGCUGACCAAACCCCCUGGUCCUCUUUCGAAGUCUCUGGAUGAAUUGAAGUUGAUCGGCAACCAGCUGAGUUCGUUCCCUGCUAACACCUUGUCUGGGAUGGAAAACCUGACCACCAUCCACCUGUCCAAGAACAAGCUGACCACCGAGAGCAUCACAGGUGCCUUCAAAGGCCUGAAGUCCCUCGUUCUGCUGGACGUGAGUGAGAACAAGCUCAAGAAACCUCCCGCAGGAGUUCCAUCUUCACUUUUGAUGCUCUACGCCGAUAAUAACGACAUCGACAGCAUCCCUAGCGGCUACCUGGCCAAGCUCCCGGUCCUGCAGUACCUGCGUGUCUCUCACAACAAGCUGGUGGACUCUGGAAUCCCUGCAGGUGUGUUCAACGUGUCUUCUCUCCUUGAGCUCGACCUGUCUUUUAACAAGCUGAAGUCCAUCCCGGAGAUCAACGAAUCACUCGAGCACCUGUACCUGCAAGUCAACGAGAUAAACAAGUUUGACCUGACGAAUAUCUGCAAGUUCAGCUCUCCGGUCAACUACUCUCGACUGAGGACCCUGCGCUUGGAUGGAAACAACAUCACACACAGCAGUAUGCCUGAUGACACGGCUAACUGCCUACGCCAGGCCUCAGAGAUCAUCUUUGAUUAGAGUCACAUCUCGCCAGUAGUUUAUCAAACAAAUUAAGGCUAUUGCUCUUAUUAGACACUCUGAUUGACAUAUGCACAUCUUUAUUCACGAUCCUGGCAACACAUCUGGUUACAUGCAAUAUUUUCUCUCUAAAAUGUUGAUGAACACAUCUGUAUGAAAAAAUGGGCAGCAGUAGUCUGGGAUCUUGAAAAUCUGUCACAUAAAAUAUCAGUCUUGUAUGGUACUGUAUAAAGAGUAGUAGUUGAAUUAGACAAGAAAUUCCAAUCUAAAGAGAGACAUAUUUGUGCAAAUUGUGAAUAGCCCAGUGUGCACUCUAUAAGAAGCUGCACUAUAUGUCAUCUAACCGCAUGUUAAAUACCUUAUCAUUCAAAAUUGUAAUCAUGUUAUUAAUAAGCCUGCCGGUAAGGAAAUUAAACUGUUUAGAGUACAAGUUAUGGAACAUAACUAUCUAAUUGUAUAUAAAAUGGCUAAAUGUGCAGCAAUGUUGAAGGAUAUCAAGAAUUCAACUGAAAUCGAAAUGCACGCAAACCUGAAAAAAAUCAUAGUAAUAAUGCUGGACACUGAGUGAAUUUGCUGAGGUUUAGCUAACUGCUAAAUAAAUCUAAGGGUUUUUUGUUUAUUAUUUAACUGAGGAAUUUCAGUGACAAAAUGUUGUAUUAAUUGCAAAUUAGUAUCAGCUUGAAUUUCUGAACUCUGCCAACAUUUAUACCAUAUUUUAUCUGCAUGCAGUUCAUCUUAUUUUGUAAAAGCGAUUGUUUUCAAUUCUAUGGUAAACAACAUUGAAAUUUUUUAUGUAUUCAAUACACCAUUUCACAUCAUCACAAUGUUAGUCAAAUUAUUGAACCGUAUGAUUACAGUAACUUUGGCAGACUGUUGUAAAAGUUGUAAGUUCCUUGAUUUAUUGUUUUAUUUUGUUAAAAAACACAUACCAAAGCAGUUUGUUCAUCUUUAUUUGAAUAAACCAGAUUUCUUACA